AUGCGGUCCUUCCGCAACGACAUCUCGCGUUCCUCGUCUCCGGAGAAGGGGACCGUCUCUCUCCCACCUGCGCAUCUCGACUACCUGCAGACCAGCACCGCACUGGCGCAGCCCGCACCAUUGCUCGCUACCGAGCCCUCGCUGGGGCUCUGGUGCGUCGUGCCCGCUGGAGGAGCAGGUACGCGUCUGUGGCCGCUCUCGCGCGAGAGCUACCCGAAGUUCCUGCUCGAUCUGAUGGGCAGUGGACGUACGCUGCUGCAGAGCACAUGGGAUCGCCUGCUGCCCUUGGCCGGCGCACGACGCAUGAUCAUCGUCACGGGCGCCGCACACGUCGGCGGCGUGAUGGAUCAGCUGCCCGAGCUCUCGGACUCCAACGUGCUGGCCGAGCCGAGUCCGAAGGAGUCGAUGGCCGCCAUCGGCCUGGCCGCUGCCGUGCUCGCGCGCCGUGAUCCUGAGGCGGUGCUGGGCAGCUUCGCCGCCGAUCACAGCAUCUCGGGUCGCGAGGCGUUCGAGAGUGCCGUGAGCGAGGCAGUGGCCGUAGCCAAGGCCGGCUAUCUCGUCACGAUUGGCAUUGCUCCUUCCUACCCGUCCACCGGCUUCGGCUACAUCAAGCUCGGCGAUCGCCUUGCCGUGGCCGACGCGCCGAAUGCACGCCGCGUGACGGAGUUCAAGGAGAAGCCCGACGCGCGGACUGCGAGUGCAUACCUCUCGACGGGCGACUAUCGAUGGAACGGCGGCAUGUUCGUCGUCCGUGCACAGACGCUACUCGAGCUCCUGCACGCCUCCAUGCCGGACCUGCACGAUGGCCUCCUGCGCAUCGCUGAGGCUUGGGAGACGCCACGCCGCGACUCGGUCAUGGCAGAGGUCUGGCCGACGCUGACCAAGAUCGCCAUCGAUCACGCCAUCGCGGAGCCAGCGGCCAAGGCGGGACGCGUGGCAGUCGUGCCCGCGACGUUCGGAUGGGACGACGUGGGAGACUUUAGCUCCUUGGCAGACAUGCUGCCGGCGGAGAAGGGAGAGGCCAGAGUGCUCGGUGAUCAUCGGUUGGUCCUGACGGAGAGCCAGGCUGGAGGCCUUAUCAUACCCGCUUCGGGACGGACAAUUGCUUGCCUCGGAGUCGACGACGUCGUCGUCGUCGACACGCCCGAUGCGCUCCUCAUCACGACGCGUGCGCGCAGCCAGGACGUCAAGAAGAUCGUGGCGCGGACGAAGAAGAGCUUCCCGCUGCUCUGCUGA